CGCACAUUGAUUUGCUUGUUUUGCUUAGAUUCAAUGUAUUAGAUUCACUACCGUGCAUUGAUUUACUUGUUUUGCUUAGAAAUAAAUUUUACAUAUUUAUAAUCUUAAUAAAAGUAGUAUAAAUUGUAAUUUUUUAAAAAUCAAAAUAUGAUUGUUAGUGAAAAGGAAUAGAUAUUUCUCAAACAAUAAUAAUAAUAAUAGUAUUGUGCCUCUCUUGGAAUAGCAAGUACUUAAUAAGAAUUAAUAAGAUGUAAUAGGAGUUUUAUUUGCAGUGACAAGUGUUAGAACAGCUAAGGAACGUCAUAUAGGGAUGAUACGAUAAUGGAUUGAAUUAGAUUUACCUUAUAUGGAUAUGUAGAUGGGUUGUUACUAUUAAUUAUUUUGCCUGCCCUGUCUGACCAAAUGGCUUACUAUAAAUAGGCCCUGCACUUGUGACUUUCCUUCAUUCUUCCAUAGUCUUUUGUAGAAAACUGAUUGCUAACUAGGAAAGCCUGCAAAAGAAACUGACAUGGCUUCCAACGGCAUUUCCCAUGUCAAUGGAUCGCUUGCAAAGGUCAUCACUUGCACAGCUGCUGUAGCGUAUGGUCCGGGGCAGCCGUUGGUCGUAGAACAAGUGCAGGUGGAUCCACCUCAGAAAAUGGAAGUCCGAAUCAAGAUCCUCUUUACUUCCAUCUGCCAUACAGAUCUCAGUGCUUGGAAAGGCGAGAACGAAGCUCAACGAGCUUACCCUCGAAUUCUGGGACAUGAAGCCUCCGGAGUGGUGGAGAGCGUGGGAGAAGGGGUGACAGACAUGAAAGAGGGGGAUCACGUAGUACCAAUUUUCAAUGGAGAAUGUGGAGACUGCGUUUACUGCAAAUCGUCAAAGAAAACCAACUUGUGUGGCAAGUAUAGGGUGAAUCCAUUCAAAAGCGUGAUGGCCAACGAUGGAAAGUGCAGGUUCAGGAACAAGCAUGGUGACCCUAUAUAUCAUUUCCUUAACACUUCCACAUUUAGUGAGUAUACUGUUGUUGAUUCUGCCUGCUUAGUCAAGAUUGAUCCUCAUGCUCCACUUGACAAGAUGACCUUGCUUAGCUGCGGCGUUUCCACGGGUCUAGGAGCUGCGUGGAACACAGCUGACAUUCAAACAGGGGAAACUGUGGCAGUCUUUGGAUUAGGAGCUGUUGGUUUGGCCGUUGUGGAAGGGGCACGAACCAGAGGUGCAUCGAAAAUCAUAGGAGUGGAUAUUAAUCCUGAAAAAUGUAUUAAAGGUCAAGCAAUUGGAAUUACCGACUUCAUCAACCCCAAAGAAAUCGAUGUGCCCGUCCAUGAGAAAAUAAGGGAAUUGACUGGAGGAGGUGUGCAUUAUAGCUUUGAGUGUGCUGGAAAUUUGGAAGUUCUUCGAGAGGCAUUUCUAUCCACACAUGAUGGAUGGGGGGUGGCAAUAAUUUUAGGAAUUCAUCCCACACCAAGAUUGCUGCCACUACAUCCUAUGGAACUGUUCGAUGGUCGAAGGAUUGUGGCUUCUGUCUUUGGUGACUUCAAAGGAAAAUCUCAACUCCCUCUUUUUGCUAAACAAUGCAUGGCUGGGGUGGUGAAAUUGGACGAGUUUAUUACUCACGAACUGCCCUUUGAGAAGAUUAAUGAAGGAUUUCAAUUGCUUGUGGAUGGCAAAUCCUUGAGAUGCCUUCUUCGCCUUUGAAUGUUUUAAGAAAAAAGAAAAAAGAAAAAAAAAAAAAGAUGUAUGUAUGAUAUAUUUGAAGUGUAGUUUUGUGCAAAGAUAUUUGAAAGAGUCUACUUUCGUGUACUUUCAAAUAUCUAGUUUGUAAACCUACAUGUCGUUAUUGUUGAGUAUUACAGAGAUUGGGGAACUUUCGUA